CUGUAAACAUCAGCACAUCGCGAGGACAAAGAACUCCACUCCUGCGCCUUCUCCAGCGAAUCAAAGUCAUUUUGGUCUUUGCAGCUGUAGCCGAAGAUAGUAACUUACUUCUUACUUUUGUCUUGUUUGAAGUUGCGUUAAGUUUUUAAUAUUCAGGAUGAGUUUCGUGGAAGUGAAGAAUCUUGAGCCCACCAGUUUUGAGGAGCGUUACUAUGAUGAAUAUGAGUACUACAACCUGAGUGACCGUUACACAGGGGGCGCCAGCCGCAAAGGCCGAUCCAAGAAGGAGGCGAGCGAGAACACCAACCGACAGAACCCCGCGGGCCACGAGCGCAAGAUCACCGAGAAGCUGCAGAACAUGGAGAAAAAGGCCAAGGAGUGACGUGCGAGACGCGACCGGACGGCUAACUCUGGUAUUUGACCACUGACGGCCUUGGCAUCUGAGAGGGAGGAUCUCCAUGGCGACCAGGGCGGCGCUGUGUGUGUGUGUGACCAGGAGCCCUCGCCCGCGCUGGGCAGUGUGUGUGGCAUGGCUGCCCAGCGAGCCCUGUGCCCGAGGGCAUCUCUCGGACAGGUGCCCCCCACACACACCUGCGUGGCGGCGGGGAGUGUGUGUGUGUGUGUGUGUGUGAGGAGGCCGGCGGCUGCUUUCAUGUGUGUUUGCUUAAAGAAUGUUCUGGAAUCUGAGGGGCUGAAAUGCUUGAAGGGAAAUCAUGGGAAAUGUAAAGAAAGUUUUUUUUACACACAUUAGUGUCUAAAUAAAGAUGCUUUUUCACACA